AUGCAAGCACCUUCAAGUGUUAUCUACCACCAACCAAUCCAUUUAUCUAAUUAUGAAGAUACUUCAAUACAGUAAUUGCAAUCAUAAUCAUCUUCUCCUGUCUCUCUUUAUGAACAGUAAAAUUCUUACUAAGCUAAGCAGGUAAAGCAUGUGAAAAAGAAAACUGUUACUCGUAAGCUGAAGAUGUACGGAGAUUACGAUGACUACGAAUAGAAAAAAAUUGACGAAGAAAAGGAACAUACUUAUAAGUAUAAACGAAAUUUCUCCUUCAAUAGGUUUUUGAAAGCUAGAUUUUUUGAUGCGUUUGAAUCCUUUAUUCACUUCAUGAAAUUCGUUUAUGAUUACCUCUUCUGCUGUAAACUAAUUUGUUUCAUCCUUAGAACUGACGCAGAUACUCAAAAACGCAGAUUGCUUGAAAGGAAGAACCUUAUUAACAAGGCUCAAAUGUCCCAAGCUUUAUCUUCUCCUUCUUCUUCUUCCACUUAUUCUACCUCAAUUAUUUCUGAUAACACAAUUUCAAAUCUAGACAAAAUGGAAAACUCCAUGAAUAAUUUCUUAAACGAAAACCCCUUACUAUCUUUCAAUUAUGAUUAAUAAUUAAAUAUGUCAACAAAUUCAACUUUAUCCUAUUUAAAAAUGUAUGAAGAACAUCCAAAUAAUCUUGUAUUAGACUUAGAUGAGACAUUAAUUCACUGCAAUGAAAAGAGUCUCAACGAUGAUUCCUCUAUUAUCACUGUGUAAUUCUAAAACCAGUAAAAAAACUAUUACUUGCACCAAAGAGGGUAUUUGCAAGAAUUCCUAGAACAAUGUGCUCUUAAUUUCAAUAUAUAUAUUUACACUGCAUCUACAAGAGACUAUGCUGAGGAGGUAGUUAAAAUAAUUGACCCUAGAUCAGUGAUAAAGAAAGUUUACGAUCGCUCUUCAUGCUUUUAUGAUGGCAAAUAGUAUUUGAAGAGCCUUAAAACAUUAGGCUUAGACCUCAACCGUACUGUAAUGAUCGAUAAUAAUUAAGCUUGCGUUAGUAACAACAUAGAAAAUGCUUUCAAAAUUAAAGACUUCUUCUCAGAUAAGAAUGACAGGGAACUCCAAAAGUUCUAAAACAUUUUGAAUAAGAUGUGCAAAUUCACUGGGAACUUCAAAGACUUCAUUCAAAGCUACUAAAGUUGA